AAUUUGCUGAAGACUGCUGUGGACAAGGCUCUAAAAAGUGAGAAUGGACAUCUGGACCUUUACCUUCGCUUCCUUCUCGGUCUGUCAUUCCAGUCCAAUCGACAACUCUUACGAGGCCUGUUGACACAGCAGGAUGACAGAGACCAGAGCAAGAGGAAAUAAUUGCAUACAUCAAGCAGAAACUUGAGGGAAAUCUGUCUCCAGAGAGAUCCAUCAAUCUGUUUUACUGUCUGAAUGAACUGAACGACCAAACUCUGCUGAAAGAGAUUCAGUCUCACCUCAGUAGAGGAAGUCUGUCAUCUGCUGACCUUUCACCUGCCCAGUGGUCUGCUCUGGUCUUUGUGUUGUUGACCUCAGAGGAGGAGCUGGAGGAGUUUGAGCUUCAGAAAUUCCAGAGAUCAGACGAGUGUCUCAUCAGACUAUCAGCAGUCAUCAAAUCCUCCAAAAGAGCUCAGCUACAGGGCUGUAAUCUCACUGUUCAGUGCUGUGAGAGUUUGUCUUCAGCUCUACAAUCCUCAAACUGUGUCCUGAGAGAGCUGGACCUGAGUACAAUGACCUGCAGGAUUCAGGAGUGAAGCUUCUCUCUGAUGGACUGAAGAGUCAACACUGUAAACUGGAGAUACUGAGAUUGUCUGGCUGUAUGGUGACAGAGGAAGGCUGUGGUUUUCUGUCUUCAGCUCUGACUUCAAACCCCUCACACCUGAGAGAGCUGGAUCUGAGCUACAAUCAUCCAGGAGAUUCAGGAGUCAAGCUGCUCUCUGAACAACUGGAGGAUCCAAACUACACACUGGACAAACUCAAUCUGGAUCAUGGAGGAGACGCGAGGAUUACAGCAGGACCACGCAAAUAUGUCUGUUUCCUCACACUGGAUCCAAACACAGCACACACUCGUCUAAUUCUGUCUGAGGAGAACAGAGAGGUGAAGCGUAUGAGGGAGAAUCAGCCGUAUCCUGAUCAUCCAGACAGAUUUGAAUAUUGUCCUCAGGUGUUGUGCAGAGAGAGUGUGUGUGGACGCUGUUACUGGGAGACUGACUGCAGUGGAGAUGAUGUGUAUAUAUCAGUGUCAUAUAAGAGCAUCAGGAGGAAGGGACGAGGUUAUGAGUCUUGGUUUAGAUCUAAUGCUCAGUCCUGGAGUUUGAUCUGUGAUUCCUCCAGUUUCUCAUUCUCACACAAUGACACACACACUCGUCUUCCAGUGAAGCGGCUCAGCAGUAGAAUAGGAGUGUUUGUGGAUCACAGUGCAGGAACUCUGAUCUUCUACAACAUCUAUAGAGACACAAUGAGCCUCAUCCACUCAGUCCAGACCACAUUCACUGAGCCGCUCUGGCCUGGGUUUAGGCUUUAUUAUCCUGGAUCAUCAGUGAAACUGAGCUGAAGACUGACGAGAGAUUUACCCACAAUCCUCUGCAGGAGCAGUCAGCAGCUGUGUGUGUGUGUGACAGAGAGUG